AAAACUUGUUUCUUAAUGGUUUAAAUUUUCAGAUAAUUCCUCCGGAUAUUGAUUGUGAAAUCAUCAAUUAAUCAAUCAUGGGAUGUGAUGGAGGAACUAUACCGACGAGGGACGAGCUGGUCAAACUCAAGAAGAAACCAGAACAAAGGGACAAGGACGGACACAGACUCUACAAAUGGCAGCACUGUGCUAUAACCCAGGAACCUCUGAGGAAACCUAUUGUUGCUUGUGAGCUAGGUAGACUUUAUAACAAGGAAUCUAUAAUAGAACUAUUACUGAACAAAGAGAGGAUCAACGCCCCCGCAAAUACUGAACAUAUUGAGAAGUUGAAGGAUGUGGUUGAGCUUCAGCUAACACCAAACCCUGCAUUUGACGCCAAAAAGUUAAGCGUCGGGGAUGGAAUGUACAACGACGCACUUAUCUCUCCGUGGAUUUGUCCAAUCACAGGGACAGAGAGCGUUAUUUCGAGUUACCCUCAAGUCAAGGUUGGCAAAGUCCUAUUCACAACGGAUGAUGUUUAUGCUCUUGUUAAGAAGAAGGGUAUGUUUGUUGCGACUCAGAGAACUGAGGUUGUUGCAGAGCGUGCUAUCAAGGUUCUACAGAAGGAUGUUGCUGAAGCACCUUUCUACAAGGAGGAGGAUCUUGUGACAAUAAGCCCAGAAGAAGAGGAACUAGACCGAAUGAGCUCUAAGAUGAAUGCCCGACGAGCCCUGAUUAAGGCGGCUAAAAAGGCGGCUAAGGAAGCUAAAAAAUGUAAGACGGAGUCUAAGACCGAGUUUAAGGUUCCCAACUCAUCUAGCGGCGAAUCUUCCAACGGAAAAUCCUCCGACGAAGAACCGCCGUUGAAGAAAGCCAAGGCGGAUGAGGUUUCCGCCUUCAAGAACCAGAAGAAGACUACAGAUCUGAGCAAGAUCAAAUCUAAACCGAAGUCCGUGCAGGAUGAUCCGAAUAGCAGCGAGGUUUACAAAAAACUGUUCUCGACGCAUAAAUCUGCGCAGAAUCUACCGAAAGGAAACUGGGUCACCUUUGAUCCAAGAUACAAUUAAUUGCGUUCUAUUGUCCAGUUUGUCACAUUUUGGGAUGCUUAGGAGGAAAGGGGUUGGGAGGGUUGAAAUUUCAACAUUUUCAAAUUGAAUUGAUGUUUUCAACAUUAAUUUUUAUAAUUUACUAACAUUCAUUUCCCCUCUUGCAACCAAAAAACGUAAAUUUUUGCUUAAAUUGUUAAAAAUGUGAUAUUGCAGA